AUGGCGCGCUCUGCAUGGGCCUCGUCCCAAUCUCUGGCAUUUUCAUGCUUUUUUCUUUCUUUCAUCGUCUCAGUUGCAAACUGCUUCCCUUAUGUGGAUGUUGCUAGUUCUGCUGAGUAUUUCAAUACAAGCCUCGAAACCGUCUCCAUCGUUGAUGAAAGAAAUCACCUGUACAAGAAAGAUGACAAGCCAUUUGAGCUUAGAAUCCUUCCACUUGGUGCCUCUAUCACUUAUGGAUAUCUUUCUGAAAGCGGGAAUGGCUACCGCAAGCCUCUUCGUGACCAACUUCGGUUCGAUGGAUGGGCAGUGGAUAUGGUUGGAACCAAGACUCACGGCAGCAUGAAAGACAACGAAUGCGAAGCCCACUCCGGAGAUAUUAUCGACGAGGUCAAAGAAGCAGCGAAAGGGUCCUUGUCAUACAGACCGAACGUGGUCCUCAUCAACGCCGGCACGAACGAUUGCAGAUUGGACACAGAUAUCCCGAACACUGGCGAGCGCAUGCGAUCUCUCAUCAGCACCCUCAUAAACGCCGAUGGAAUGAAGAAGACAACCAUUGUCCUGUCAACUCUCAUCCCAUCUAAUGAGAAGAACACGACGAGAAACCGACCUGGAGUCAACGACCAAUAUCGCAGCCUGGUCAAAUCCAUGCGUGACGAUGGUGUAAAUAUUGUCCUGGCGGACAUGGAUCCCCCUGCGCCUGCUGAUGCCAGCGGUUGGAUCUCAUGGCCCGAUGACUUUAACCACAAUGGCGACGUUGAUGAUACUCAUCCCAACGAUCAUGGAUAUGCUAAGAUGGCUCGUAUUUGGUACAAUGCCAUCAAUGAUGCUCAUAAACAAGACAUUAUCGAAGGGCCCGGUGUCAUGUCGUCGACUACCUGUGACAAGGAGUAUGGUGAUGGUGUCUAUGCUGGCGGUCUCACGCAGCAGGGAAGCGGAGAAGAUGACGGUAUCUAUUAUCAUUCGAGUGAGCCCAUGGGUGUCAUCUUCGAGGUCGAAAGUGAAAAGUCCGAUCUGAGUUGGGGUUUCACACGGCUUAUUCGGAGCGAUCGUGAUGAUCUUAUCUUGUGGCAUCAGAAAGAGGGCAAGGUUGAAUAUACCGUGUGGAGAAAUAGUGGUGCGGACACCGAUCGUUUUCAGCAACUGGAUAGUUUUAUGAGUGUGGAUGAUAAUUGUAUCCCGCGGGGGAUUCGAUUUAUCGAUAUUAACGCUGACGGCUUGGACGAUUUCAUUUGCAUUGCCAAGGACGGGACUGCCUAUGCAAGUGUCAACCAAGGGGACGGCAAUGAGGUCCGUCCUCCCAGCUUCAAGUCCAUCGGAAAAUGGAAGGAUGCAGAACCUGGAUAUGAUCAGUCUCAUGUUGUGAUUGGCGAUGUGGAUGGAGACGGUCGAGGUGAUUACUGCGUCAUUGAGGGCAACGGCGAUCUCACUUGCUGGCGUAACGGCUGGAUCGAUGAUGCUCCCAAGUACUGGCAGCCGCUCGGAAAGAGAUUCACAGGCAAAGGGAUGGGUGAUAUCGCGGGUGUUCGGCUGCUGGAUAUAAAUGGUGAUGGUCGUGAUGACUGGCUAUGGGUUGAUGAUAAUGGUGCAACCUACACCUGGACCAAUUCCCGAAGCUGUGUCAAAGGUAAAGAAGGCGACGGACUCAACAUUGUUUGGCGACAGGGCUUUCAGAAAGGACACACCUCAGGACCAACCCACAGCGGCAUGACAGACUUCGACAAUGUCAGCCGAGGAGAAAUCAGUUUCCCGAGAAUCUAUGGCACCAAGCAAGACUUUGGCCUGCAUUCCCGUCGAGACUAUGUUUUUCUGGAGUACAAAAGUGCCGGGAAGGGAAAAUAUUCGUACAAAUUCCACGCGUUCAAAAACACUGGAAGUGGAGCGACUAAGAUCAAAUCGGAUGGCAAUCGAUAUUGCAACAUGAUGGGUCAUGACAAUGGCAUGAUGGACUAUGUCUGGAUUCUGUCCAAAGGAAGUAUGCAUAUAUACCCAAACAAGGGUCUUACCAGUGUUCCUGAUGACGGAUCGAGUUUCUGGGGCCCAAAUAAAGGUAUCUUCGAUCCGCAUACCACGGGUCCGAAGAAGGAUCUAAACCGUCGGGAUCUACAUCUCGUCGACUGGGAUGGAGAUGGAGCCUGUGAUAUCGUUUGGACCGACCCGGAUAAUAAAAACCGUGUCAGUCUCUGGAUCAAUCGCAUCAAAGACACUGGUGACUUUAACUGGGAAUACCAUGUAGACCCAGCACCAGACCUAUACUGUCCAGAGACACGGGGGAUUGGCGUGUUCGACAACCCGGUUCAUAUGGCCGAUAUCUCUGGAUCCGGCAGGGCAGACUACCUUUGCGUUGAAAAAGAUGGCCGAUCUUGGGGAUGGACUCAAUCAAAAACAGGGUCCUUUGAAUACAUCGAUCAGUUCAAAUUCUCCGAGGGUAAAGAUCGAGCCAAUCUCCACUGGGCCGAUGUUGACGGUGAUGGCAAAGCGGACAUGAUCCACACCGAUAAGUUCAAUGGCGAUGGCUCUGUUUGGUACAACAAGGGUCGAAAAGACAUCGGUGGCUCACGCUAUUGGUGGGAUCCUGUUGGGGCGAAGUUCCAAGGUGCUGUUGAAGGCUCUUGUACCUAUUUCCCGGACCUGGAUGGCAACGGCCGCGCUGACAUGCACUCGAUCAUUCACUCGAUCGACAACACUGCUAAGACAUGGUUCAGCCUAUGCGGUCGAACCGACAAGACUGGCGACGAUGGAUCCAUCGAGGACCCUGAUCUUCCUGUUAUCCCCGAGGGCGGCAAUGUUGGGAAUCCUACGUUGAACUGGGGAGCAGUGGGCACAUCUGCUGAAUGUAGCUCUACCCAGAAGCCCCAGAUCCUGACAGAGUUUCGAUUUGCCAUCCAGAUGGCAGAUACUGCAGAGAAAAAUACGCAGAAAUGGGGUUUCUAUGACACAUUUUUCUCUGCGGGCCUGCGAGGUUCGAAAGAUUUUGCCAAACAGGUGUCUGAUGUGUACAAGACCAUCGGUUAUAUGCUUGAUGGCACCGCCACUUUUCAAUUUCAGAUCACUUGCGACUUUACUACAGAUAACUGCGUGAACGGAGACCUUGCCUAUAUGAAUGCGUUUCAAAAAACGAUGAACAUCUGUCCCAGGUUUUUCAAUGACCAGGAUAUGACUGCCACGCUCGACAAAGUUCUUCAUGAGCCAGCGACCAUCAGAGAGGCACACCAUGUUCGGUCAGCCGUCAUUUUGCAUGAGAUGACACACACCAAAUACUCGAUGAGACUUAUACCAGACUCGGUCGGAGUAAAAGCGUAUGAUUACGCCUAUGGCUGGGAGACCUGCAAGGAACUUGCUGAAGGUGUUUUCAAUCGAGGCUGUCAGAAAUGGGCGAUGCUCAAGGGAGCUCUGUGUCAGGUCCCAGGCAGCAACCCACCGCAGGACGGGAUAUGCGAUGCAAAAUUCUCGGCUAUUAACGCCGAUACCUGGGCCGUGGUCGAGGCUGGAAUCUAUUUCAGUGACCACUGGAAGAAACAAAUUCCCAUUACUUCAUCGACUGGCGCAUCGACGUCUAUCAAGAGAGAUGGAUGUGUCAGUCAUGAUGCUCUCAUGUUUGAUCAUGGAAGUGCAUAUGAGAUUAGCGGUAUCGUUGCAUUCGGUGAUUCUUUUGCUGCUGGUAUGGGUACCGACCCGACGGAGACGGACUGUCGCAUCGGCGGUCAAAAUUACCCUGGCCUUGUUCAAAAACAUUACAAGGAUGCAGGUGAUUCGCUCGAUAUCGAAAAGAAGAUGUGUUCCGGUGAUACAACGUCCGGUCUCAAGGAGCAGAUCGAGAACUGGAAAAGCACCGAUCUGUCGAACCUGGGAACAUUGACAAUGGGAGGAAAUGACCUUGGUUUCUCGGACAUCGUGUGGAACUGCGUCGUAACCCCAAACACUCUGCAUUUCGGAUCGACAUAUCGACAGUGGUGCGUGGAGGCAGAGGAUAAAGCCCGUAACAUGAUGAACGAUCAGGGGGAUACUGGUCUGCGGUCGAAACUCAGUGCGCUUUACUUGAGUAUUCUCCAGAAGGCCGCGCAGCCCGACUUUCAACUAUUCGUUGCUGGAUACCCAGGUUUCUUCAACCAUGAUACCUCCGACUGCGAUGAUAGCACCUUCCAUUACUUUUGGGCCGCAUACAAGCCGCCUAGUGAUGGACCAUUGGGGCGAAUCGUUUAUCUCACGAAGUCUCUGCGCAAGGAACUCAACGAUCUGGUCACGCAGCUCAACAACGUGAUUGAAGACGCUGUCAGAGAUGCCAACAAGGCGGCAGGAAGAACCGCUGUCCACUAUAUCGACAUCCAGUCAAAAUUCGACUCACAUCGCUGGUGUGAACAGGGAAUCCAUGAGCCUGACCCCAAAGCUCCGAACACCUAUUUCUUCUUGAGUGCAUGGAACGAUAUUCCUCUGGCAGGCAGUGCUUCCACGUCAGAUUCCAACGACAUUUCAGCUCUGCAGCAAAAUGGAAUCAAUCUUCCAGAUGCAGAUACCUGUAAAGAGACGCAGGGCGAGAAUCCGGAUCCAUAUCAGAACUUCUUGUGUCUUGCUUCAAAAGCCAUCGCGCUUGAACCAAAUGGAUUGAUGGCCUGGUCGUAUGGUAAUGCAACCGAGGCUCUCAAAAAUGGAGACUUCAACAGCCAGAAGGUCAGCGGGUGGUAUCCAACGCGGCAGAUCAAAACAUUCCACCCACGCAGUCCUGGGAUGGCUCUGUACCGCGACGCUGUUGUCAAGCAGAUUGAUGCUGUUAUCGCAGAAUGA